CAACCCCUCUUCAACAUAUACACGUUAGUCUUUGACAUGGAUAUGUCAAAAUCUUCAGAUUACAAAGAUUUUGUAUGGGCAAUUAAAAUAAACCGUCUGAGUUUAGAAUUGGUCGGUUUAUGGCCUAAAGUCGAUGGAAUUAAAAAAAGUCUCGAUUCUGAUAUUCGUAUGGGAUUCGCUUUCAUUAUGAUGGCUUUUGUUUCUGGUAUUCCUUUUGUACAUGCGCUUAUACGUGUUUGGGGCAAUAUGGCGUUAAUGAUAGACAAUUUACGUAUUUCCAUACCUGUGUUGACGGUUGCAUUAGAACUUGUCAUUAUGCGAUGGAAACAAACAGUCGUAUUAUCCAUCGUAAAGACAAUGGCAGAAGAUUGGAUAACGACAAAAUUAAGCACGGAGAGGGACGUAAUGAUAAAACAAGCACGAAUUGCACGGUUUCUAAUAAUUUUUGGAUGCAUUAUAAUGGCAAUGUCAUUUACCAUUCUAAUUAUUCUUCCUUGUUUUGGCGUACAAAUUAGGUAUCCAACGAAUCUUACGGAUCGCAACAAACUAUUACCGCUACAGACCUAUUAUAUCUACGACACUGAUAAGGAUCUGUUAUAUGUGCUGACGUUUCUCUCUCAAGCCAUAGCGGUUCUUUUGUCAGCAAUAAUUUUCAUUGCUAUAAAUGCAUUCUUAGGAUUUGUAAUUCUUCACAUCUGCGGUCAGUUGGAGAAUUUCAAGCAACGAAUAAUCAAUUUAGUCUCGUGCAAAAAUUUCAACAAAACUCUGAGCAGCACCAUAGUGACUCAUUUACGUCUUAUCAGAUACGCCGAUAAUAUCGAAAAUACGUAUACAUUAAUAUUGUUUAUAUUGGUACUCCAGUUUGGUAUUGUAUUUUGUCUAUGCGGAUUUAUAAUUCUUAUUGUUAUUAGUGAUGAAAAAUUAACCGCCGAAAAUUUUUCACAAAUAAGUUAUUUGCUUAGUAGUGUUAUUUGUUUACUUUCGCAAACGUUUUUUUACUGUUUCGGAGGAGAUUUAAUAACUGAACAAUGCAACGCUGUAUAUCAAACUAUUUGUGAUCUUGAAUGGUAUACAUUGGAGCCACGCAAGGCGAGAAACCUUAUCCUACUAAUGUUAGUAGCCAAGGAACCUUUUCGUAUUACUGCGGGAAAAGUUCUUCCGCUAAGGAUGACCACUUUUUGCAGCCUACUAAAAACAAUGGCUGGUUAUAUAUCCGUUUUGCUAGCAAUGCGAAAUUGA